UCUUAUUUAUUCAACAAACAGAGUGUGUGUUCAAAUUUUUAAGUUGUCAGCAGUGUUGUUGUUACUUUUUCUGUUUUUCACGACUCACGAUCAUCGACAAUCUUAUUCAAGUUCACGUGUUGUGUUUGUGCUUGUUAAUUAAAAGUUUUGUGUUUUUUAACAUUUUGUUGCAUACGCAAUUUAUUAGUUAGUUUAGAAAUGGAAAAUUCUUACAGCAUUGGAGUCGAAAAUCGCUACCAAUUAUUCCUUGACUCUGAUGAUGAUCCAUUGGAAGUGUUGAAAAUUAGUGAUCAGGAGGGAACCAAGAAAAAGAACAAACUUUCUGAUAAAGUAAAACAGACCAAGGAAGGGGACGCAAAUCGUCAAGUUUUGCAGAAAUCGAUCAACAAUACUAAGAAUGCCAAGCUGCAGGAAGCCGUCACCAAAGAAAAGAAAUCAAACUUCAAUAAAUCUCAGGUAACUAAAAUUAGCAUUGUAGAUGGAACAAACGUAAGGGACAAUAAAGAAAACAAAAGACAAGAUAAACGGUCUGAGGAUCAAACUCAUCCUGAGUUUAACAGGAAAGACUUUGACAACCGCUAUGAGAGAAAGACCAACGCAUUGAGAAACUUCAGAAACAAAUCAUUCAGGGAGCCUAAGCAUGAUGAAACCAGAGAAUCCGAUGGACCAAAAUCGACUAAUCAAGGAGACUCAAAUGGAAGAGGUGGUUAUUCUAACAGGGGAAGGAAGCAAUUUGAUCGCUCAUCAAGAUCUACUAAGACCGGAAUUAAGCCUGUUGAUAAACGUGAAGGUGGUGGUGCUCAUAACUGGGGAUCUUAUCAAGAUGAAUUGAAUGAGGUCACUAACAUGAACAGUAAGCAGUUGAAUGAUCAAGUCUACCCUACUGAAAACACCGAUGAAACCAACCCGGAAGCUGAUGGCGAUGUGAAAGAACAAGAAUCUAUGCAAGAAUCAGAAAAGCCCGAUACUCAAGAAGAACCUAAAGAAAUGACGCUAGAUGAAUAUAAAGCACUUAAAGGGAACCGACAGAAACCAAUGUACAAUCUACGAAAAGCCAACGAAGGAGAAGACCCAUCACAGUGGAAGAAAAUGUACACUCUAACCAAAAAUGAAAAUGAAGAGGAUGAAGAAGAGGAGUAUGAAAGAAUUGAAUAUCCUCAAAGAGCUGGGCGACAAAAACUGUUGCAUGGUAUAAAAUACUUCUUCAAGGACCGAUUUGGACAGGCUGGACGUGCUAAGAGAGGUGGAUCAAGAAUGGGAAGUGCCAGAAAUAAUCAGGAUCAACGUGACUCUAUUAAUGUGAAUGAAGAAAAUGAAAAGUCAUCCAACUUUUCUCAGGACGCUCCAAAAAUAUACGACGAAAAGGAUUUUCCAUCUCUUGGUUAGUUUCAAAGACUUUGUUGCCUGCUUGCUAUUUUCUCAGGUUAUUGAAGACUGAAUUUAAUUUGUAAAAAGUUAAUCAAGUGGUGACUUUUUUUAUCAGGAAUUGAUCAUUUAAUUUAUUCAAAAGACAUUUGAUUAGGCUUUAGUUUUUUUUACUGAAAUAUGGCUUUUGAUUUUUCAUAUAAGUUAAUACAUCUUGAAAUUAAGACGUGUUUUUUACUUUAGAACCAAUACUAUACUAUCUUGUGAUUGAUAGUUUAUCAUCAAGAAUCACACUUUUUAAGUAGUGUUACAAGUAACCUGCAGUUAUUUGUAAUAAUUCAUUGUGUUUGGAAAUUCAACAGGUGAAAUUUAAGGUAUUAUAAUAAUUUGAAAAAGCGAUUGCAAACGUGCUUACGCGAUGAGCUAUCAAUAAGAUGAGCCAUAAUAAGCCACAUGAGGCGUUCUUCAAACAAGUCGGUAGGGCAGGAAGCUUUCAGAUUGACUGAUUAUUAGCUAAUUUCCUAACACCAACUCUAUCAACCAAUCAAAAAUCUUUCUGCCCUGCUGACUAAUCUGAAAAACGCCUCAUGAGGCGUGGCCCUAAGGGUGACGACUUCAAGAGCUGAACUGCUCUAAAAUAUUUUAUCAAUAGCUUCCCGAUGGUUCGGUUUCAGAACCCACCUGCAGCUUUAUAUAGGUCGGAUUAUCUCUCAUCAUUAAUUCCAUUCAUCUCAUUACCCAAGCACAAGCCUGCAGCGCAUUUAGGCAUCCUCAGCUAAAAAAACCAUGAAUCUUUACACGACUGUGUGUAUUCUGUAUUUUUACAUUAAUUAAGAACUUGAGCUUCUUAUUAUAAUCAACUUGAUGAAACAUUUGUUUUGCAACAAGAUAAUAAACAGUCUUCUCUCAAUA